AUGAUUUUAACUACUUUUUUCAUGAUGUUGUCCUUCCCGGACUCGGUGUUCACCUUGAAGGGGGACGGCAGCUCGUCCUCCCGGCCCGCCCGUCUGGACUGCGUGAAGGCCAGCGAGCAGUGUCUGAAGGAGUCCAGCUGCAGCACCAAGUACCGGACGAUGAGGCAGUGUGUGGCGGGCAGGGAGAGCAACUUCAGCGCGGUGACCGGUACGGAGGCUCAGGGGGAGUGCCGCAGCGCCAUAGACGCAGUGAGGCAGAGUCCUCUCAACAACUGCAGGUGUAGGAGAGGCAUGAAGAAGGAGAAGAACUGUCUCCGGAUCUUUUGGAGCAUCUUUCAGAGUUUGCAGGGUAAUGAUUUGCUGGAGUACUCUCCGUACGAACAAGUCAAUAGCCGGCUCUCGGAUAUCUUCCGCUUGGCCCCCAUCAUCGCUGUUGAGCCUGCAUCUACAAAGGAGAACAACUGUCUGAAUGCUGCCAAGGCCUGUAACCUGAACGACACGUGUAAGAAAUACCGCUCGGCAUACAUCAACCCCUGUACUAGCAGGGUGUCUGCUUCUGAGGUCUGCAACAAGCGCAAAUGCCACAAGGCCCUACGACAGUUCUUUGACAAGGUUCCACCUAAAUACAGCUAUGGGAUGCUGUUUUGCUCCUGUCCAGCGGGGGAUCAGACAGCAUGUGCAGAACGUCGACGACAAACAAUCGUACCCGUCUGCUCCUACGAGGAUAAAGACAAGCCUAACUGUCUGUCUCUUCAGAACACAUGCAAGACCAACUACAUCUGCAGGUCAAGGCUGGCAGACUUCAUUAGCAACUGUCAGCCAGAAGCUCACUCCAUAUCAGGCUGUCUGAGGGAGAGCUACGCUGACUGUUUGCUCUCUUACUCAGGCCUUAUUGGUACGGUGAUGACGCCCAAUUACGUGCGAUCACUUGGUAUCAGCCUGUCGCCAUGGUGCGACUGCGGCAGCAGCGGGAACAGCAAACCAGACUGUGAUAGAUUUGCAGAGUUUUUCAGCAACAAUCGAUGCCUACGAAAUGCUAUCCAGGCAUUUGGCAAUGGUACUGAUGUUGGAGUCUGGCAACCUCAACCACCGAUUCAGCCUACAGUACCAGAGCCCAGCAUCACUCGGAGGGGCAAAGGCCGAACCAGUAAUGGACUGGAUUCAUUAACAGACGUGACCAAACUGGAUCUUGAUGAAGACUUAUUAUAUCACAUCUGUGGGACCUUACAGGCCCAAAAACUGGUGUCAAACCUAACAGUGGAUACUGCUCAAUGUGUGAACCAUCAACUGGAUGAGUCUAGUAACUCAAAUGCCAACGCUAGAAGCUCAGCAGCUGAACUCUCCUGCUUUCACUCCUCAACUGUGCUCCUCUCACUGGCCUUUGCUUUGACGCCAAUGCUAUCACGGCUUGACAGUUUCCAGCUGUUGUAG